AUGGACGAAGCAAUGAAAGAUCAUGUGAAGAUUGUUAAGAUAUCAGAGCUCGUACAAGGUGCACGACCUCUCACUUCCACGGCGUCUCUGAACGUACGGUCGUCCAGCCGUUCGUUCGCUCACAGUACCUGUUCUUCUUCCAUUUCAAGCCCCAACACUGUGCCUCGAGUUCUCACUGCUCUGAAACAUCCCACCGUUGUCGUUGGAACCCUAACCAUUCCAAGCAACAAUUAUGGCUUAUCUUCUGGCUGCUCUUGCUUGCAGUUUUCCGAUGCCAAAUGUACUGUUUGUUGCGACGUUCUCGGAUUCAACGCAUAUGCUAUCGGCAAAGAAAUUCGUGUGUAUGCUUGGAAUUUCAUUCCUCGUAAACGUGGCAAGGGUUUCUUGGAGAUUAUCAAAUGGGAGUUUUCGGAUUCCAGUAACGUCUUGAGGAAAAGGCAGCUGGAGAGGGAAAACGAUUUGGAUUCAUAUCCCUUGGUGCCUAGUUGUUCUAGCGCUCAAAGUGUUUGUUUUUCAUCUGGGCAUCGCGUCUAUGGGGUGCUUGAUUCUGUUCGCCCUUUAACUGAGGUCCCUUGUACGAUGCUUGCAGGUGGUUCCAAAAGCGCCGAGGCUUGGAAUUCGUCUUCAUCACGAAACUUGCUGGGGUUUUUGGCAGAAGUAAUAUGUUGCGACUGUAGAUUAUGUAGUUCUAAAAAGUUGUCAACUGAUUUGAGUUGUUUAAUGGCAGAUGGAAAUAGUCAUUCUUUUACCAAAUCAGUGUUUGUAUAUUUUAUUGACAAUGCAUCAUCUUGGCAUUCUGUAAUCAUUAAGCUUAUUGGUGACCGCAUUAUAGUUUCGGGAUUGAAGAGAAAAUUGGUUUUCACGGGAAAGGAGGAGUCACAUAUAAUGUAUGUGACUACCAAUGAGUCUGUUCUACAUGUUGCUCCGUUUUCCAAGCAGUGGCAGCCAUGUUCGAAGAUAAAUACAAAGGGAAAGAGAAAAUUCGGUACAUAUACUGGCAUAGUUAGAGGCAUUUACAUGCAAGGGAUGGUUGUUGAGGUGGACCAUGAUGUUUGGCUUCUUUUAACAGACCAAAAACUUACUCUGCCACAUAGUGUUAGAGUCGGUGCCAUUAUAUCUGUCAGAAAUGUCCAUUUCGUGGAUCCCAAGUUUGCAUGGACAAAAAUUCUUAUACUUGGCGCUUGCUUCAAGAGUAGCAUUGUGGUGGAAUCCUUCUCCCCUUUUGAAACUGAGUGUCAUAUGAUUCCACAAUCGUCAAGUAUGCUGGGAAAAUUCAUCGAGUCACUACCAUUUGCUGAAAGACUAUGGGUAUUAUUUCUUGUCUCAAGCCUACGUAAAAAGUUUGGUGGGAUCUUAUCCGACACAGAUCUUCUUGGAUCAAAUUAUAAAGAGGGACUGGCUCAGAUGUUUGCUCGAUUACAGUUACCUUCACCUGUAUUUCAGACACAGUUUGGUGCUUUCCUUGGGCUGUGUAGACAUGAUUCAUUUGGGUGUGGCAGAGAGCUGCAUUGUGGUUCACUGAAACUGGUAUUACCCAUGUCUAUUUUUAUCUGUCACUGUAGAACGACCAUAAUGAGAAUACUGAAGACAGGAAAUGACUGUAAAUCGCUGACAGUGGACAACCAUUCGGGAUUUUUAUCUUGUGAAGUGAGAUCUUGUGGUCAGUCUGUUAGAAGGAUCAUUUCCAGUGAAGAUGUUGGCUGCCUUUUGCUCGGGUACCUAAAGGUUGCUCCAUCAACUGGAAGACUGCAGUUGGUUGAUGCUACCGGCAGCAUUGAUGUCCUAAUACCUGAUCUUCCGUUAACAUGGGAUCCUGAUGAAUUAUAUGAGGUGAUGGACUUUAACAUUAUAGUGGACGGCAUACCUGAACUUGUGGAUCACUUGGAAUUGUAUGACGCUGAGUCAUUAUCAUGUGGAGCCAUCUUUAAAUGCAAGUUCACACAGCCAACAAAAGACUUAAACUUAUUAAUCCAUGUUCACUUUCUCUGGAAGAACGUACAAUGCAGGAAUUUCCCACUUCAUUUCUAUCCAAGCAUGAAGAAUGAAUCUAAGAUACUUGAACCUGGAAACUACCAUCUGCUUAGGGUAUCCCACAAAUUUCCUCAGCUACAGAAGGAACAUAAAGAAAGUAAUUUCUGGGGUAAUGCUACUGGUAACAAGCAGGUACCCAUUAAGAGGCAAAAACUUGUGGAGGCAUCAAGAGACCCAUUGCUGAAAGAUGAAAUUGGCUAUUCUCUCUGUGCUUGUUCUAAUUCUUUCAGUAGCUCAGGAGAACAGAACCCUAUCAAUUUGAGUUCUCACCAGAUACCUUGUCAGGCUACAUUUAGAAACAUUCCUCAUAAGAAUAUAAAUAAUUCAGCUAUCUUGCAAUCUAACUUUUCUACUGUAGAUAAAGACGUUGAUUCUCAUCAAACUGGAAGAAUCAUUUUUUUGGAAAUCUCAUCUGAGAAUUUUUUGAACUAUCAGUUGCAGAUUGGUCAUUUUUACGCCAUAAAACAUCAUAAAGGUUGUUUCUGCAGUUUAAAAGAUGCUCAAAGUUGUAACAGUGUUAAAGUUCUCGAUUCUUUAAGAUAUAUAUGGAGCAUUUCAUUUCUUUCUGAGGAGGAUCCUAGCAAUAACAGGGCUUUUCUCAAAGAUGGCAAUGCAUCAGGUAUCACUUCAGAUGUUUGUCUUUGCAUCCCUGCAAAUCUAAAAGAUCUCCUGCGGUACAAUUUUAUGGGCUCAGAAGGUCAAGGCCAGACAUCUACAAUAUCAGAUGCAAGUCUUAUCCGUUCUCCAACAACUGAAGCUGCAACUGCUAGCCUUUCUCAGUCCUCUGAGUGUCUUGUUUCAAGCUGCUUGUUUCCUGAGGGGAAUUUGAUUAAUCUCCAGGGUUAUAUCAUUGACAGUCAUGACGUUGGUUCUAGUAUUAGAAAUUCAUGUUUGACUUGUACAGGCAUAAGUGCUCUUCAGUUGAAAGGCUCUGUUGGAGCUAGAAGCAGUAUAUGCAUUCAUGUCUCAGUAGAUGGACACAUUGCGAAGAUAAUUGGUUUGAUAGGAAAACGUGCUUUUCCUCCUGGUUUUGGUCCUGGUGUAUGUGCAACAUUUCAUCGAAUUCUUGAUUUGAGGGGUCACAAUGAAUUCCUGUUGCUGCCAGUAUCAUUUAUUGCUAUAAACUCUGUAAUAUUACACGAUCAAUCAAACAGUGAUGGGCCCUGCAAUUUUAGAUCUACUUCAUAUACCUGUGAUGCAUCUGUAGCCCCUUUAUUUUCUGGUUUGAUUUCUGAAUUGAACCAACGCUUGAGUCACAAGAAAAUUUGGCUUCGUUGCAGAGUUGUCGCAGUCUUUGUUUUGGUUCUAGAGAGGAAUGCCACUGUAUGUGAUUUACAAGCAAAAAGCAAUGCUUUAGCAUCUCUUUUGGACAUUCCACUUGCUGGUUUUGUGUUGGAUGACGGGUCAUCUCCGUGUUGUUGCUGGACUUAUGGUAAUAUGGCAGCAACCUUGUUGAGACUACAUGAAAAACUCUCUAAAAGCAAUGACUGGUUACUAAAGCUGGCCGGGAUCAGUGGCAAUACUCCCAAUACUGCUACUGAUCGUCUUGGACGAAUUUUGAACACUCACAAGAGAAUUACUGUGAAAAACUAUGGUUCGUGUUUUAAGCUGGCUUCUCAAAAACAUUUUGUUUCUGCUACUUCCGGUCAAGAGCUAUGCGGAUCUGAUGAAGGCCUCCUCAAGUUCAUAGUCUUCAAUUCUUGCUUUGGUAGACCUUGGAAUGUGGCUGCUACUCUGAUGAGCGAUGAGGAGGUUGGUCAAAUAAAGGAAGAGUACCAUGUGGAAACGGAGAUUGUGGAUAAAAUGCCGAAUAUUCGGGCCCAAGAGGUAUGCUAUGUGAACACCUUAACUGAGGCCAGGAAUAUGGCUAAGCAAUUUUGAAAAGUUAAUGCUUAUGAAGGCCUAAGCAUUUUGAUUGUAUAAAUAAUUUCCUUCUGGUAUUAAAACUUGAAUAUGCCCUCUCAUUCUAAAUGGAUCUUUCAUUUAUA